GAUUCCAUAAGUGUCACCGGUCACACUUUAAUUCCAGUCUAGAAUUAAAGUCUUCAGUCUCCACAUUCCCUACUUUCCAAAUUCAGCUUUCCCGGGAGGUCUGGAGCAGCUGCCUCUCUGGGGAGAUGCUGGAGGUCUCGGAAUCACCUCACGCGGCCCCAGGGCCCAGUUGGAGCCACCCCAAGUGACACCAGCAGGCAGAUGACCAGAGAGCCUGAGCCUCCGGCCCCGAGUCUGUGAAGCCAGCAGCCACUGACAUGCUCCUAGCCGCUGGGCUGGAGAAGCCACUGUGGGCACCACCGUGGGGGAAACAGGCCCGUUGCCCUGGCCUCUUUGCCCUGGGCCAGCCUUUGUGAAGUGGGCCCCUCUUCUGGGCCCCUUGAGUAGGUUCCAUGGCAUUUUCUGAACUCCUGGACCUCGUGGGUGGCCUGGGCAGGUUCCAGGUUCUCCAGACGGUGGCUCUGAUGGUCUCCAUCACGUGGCUGUGUACCCAGAGCAUGCUGGAGAACUUCUCGGCCGCCGUGCCCAGCCACCGCUGCUGGGCACCCCUCCUAGACAACAGCACGGCCCAGGCCGGCAUCCUAGGGAGCUUGAGUCCUGAGGCCCUCCUGGCUAUUUCCAUCCCGCCGGGCCCCAACCAGAGGCCCCACCAGUGCCGCCGCUUCCGCCAGCCACAGUGGCAGCUCUUGGACCCCAAUGCCACGGCCACCAGCUGGAGCGAGGCCGACACGGAGCCGUGUGUGGAUGGCUGGGUCUAUGACCGAAGCAUCUUCACCUCCACAAUCGUGUCCAAGUGGAACCUGGUGUGUGACUCUCAUGCUCUGAAGCCCAUGGCCCAGUCCAUCUACCUGGCUGGGAUUCUGGUGGGAGCUGCUGCGUGCGGCCCUGCCUCAGACAGGUUUGGGCGCAGGCUGGUGCUAACCUGGAGCUACCUUCAGAUGGCUGUGAUGGGUACGGCAGCUGCCUUCGCCCCUGCCUUCCCCGUGUACUGCCUGUUCCGCUUCCUGUUGGCCUUUGCCGUGGCAGGCGUCAUGAUGAACACGGGCACUCUCCUGAUGGAGUGGACGGCGGCACGGGCCCGACCCUUGGUGAUGACCUUGAACUCUCUGGGCUUCAGCUUCGGCCAUGGCCUGACGGCUGCAGUGGCCUAUGGUGUGCGGGACUGGACACUGUUGCAGCUGGUGGUCUCGGUCCCCUUCUUCCUCUGCUUUUUGUACUCCUGGUGGCUGGCAGAGUCGGCACGAUGGCUCCUCACCACGGGCAGGCUGGAUAGGGGCCUGCAGGAGCUGUGGAGGGUGGCUGCCAUCAACGGAAAGGGGGCGGUGCAGGACACCCUGACCCCUGAGGUCUUGCUUUCAGCCAUGCGGGAGGAGCUGAGCAUGGGCCAACCUCCUGCCAGCCUGGGCACCCUGCUCCGCAUGCCCGGACUGCGCUUCCGGACCUGUAUCUCCACGUUGUGCUGGUUCGCCUUUGGCUUCACCUUCUUCGGCCUGGCCCUGGACCUGCAGGCCCUGGGCAGCAACAUCUUCCUGCUCCAAAUGUUCAUUGGUGUCGUGGACAUACCAGCCAAGAUGGGUGCCCUGCUGCUGCUGAGCCGCCUGGGCCGCCGCCCCACGCUGGCCGCAUCCCUGUUGCUGGCAGGGCUCUGCAUUCUGGCCAACACGCUGGUGCCCCACGAAAUGGGAGCUCUGCGCUCAGCCCUGGCCGUGCUGGGGCUGGGCGGGGUGGGGGCUGCCUUCACCUGCAUCACCAUCUACAGCAGCGAGCUCUUCCCCACCGUGCUCAGGAUGACGGCAGUGGGCUUGGGCCAGAUGGCAGCCCGUGGAGGAGCCAUCCUGGGGCCUCUGGUCCGGCUGCUGGGUGUCCAUGGCCCCUGGCUGCCCUUGCUGGUGUAUGGGACGGUGCCAGUGCUGAGUGGCCUGGCUGCACUGCUUCUGCCCGAGACCCAGAGCUUGCCGCUGCCCGACACCAUCCAAGAUGUGCAGAACCAGGCAGUAAAGAAGGCGACACAUGGCACGCUGGGGAACUCUGUCCUAAAAUCCACACAGUUUUAGCCUCCUGGGGAACCUGCGAUGGGACAGUCAGAGGAAGAGACUUCUUCUGUUCUCUGGAGAAGGCAGGAGGAAAGCAAAGACCUCCAUUUCUAGAGGCCCAGAGGCUGCCCUCUGAGGUCCCCACUCUCCCCCAGGGCUGCCUCUCCAGGUGAGCCCUGCCCCUCUCACAGUCCAAGGGGCCCCCUUCAAUACUGAAGGGGAAAAGGACAGUUUGAUUGGCAGGAGGCGACCCAGUGCACCAUCACCCUGCCCUGCCCUUGUGGCUUCAGAGAGCAGAGGGGUCAGGCCCAGGGGAACGAGCUGGCCUUGCCAACCCUCUGCUUGCCUCUGCACUGCCACUUGUCCCCCCACACCCGUCCACCUGCCCAGAGCUCAGAGCUAACCACCAUCCAUGGUCAAGACCUCUCCUAGCUCCGCACAAGCAGUAGAGUCUCAGCUCCACAGCUUUACCCAGAAGCCCUGUAAGCCUGGCCCCUGGCCCCUCCCCAUGUCCCUCCAGGCUUCAGCCACCUGCUCGCCACAUCCUCUGCCUGCUGUCCCCUUCCCACCCUCAUCCCUGACCGACUCCACUUAACCCCCAAACCCAGCCCCCCUUCCAGGGGUCCAGGGCCAGCCUGAGAUGCCCGUGAAACUCCUACCCACAGUUACAGCCACAAGCCUGCCUCCUCCCACCCUGCCAGCCUAUGAGUUCCCAGAGGGUUGGGGCGGUCCCAUGACCCCAUGUUCCAGCUCCCCACACAGCGCUGGGCCAGAGAGGCAUUGGUGCGAGGGAUUGAAUAAAGAAACAAAUGAA